GGAGGGAGGGAGGGAGGGAGAGAGAGAUAGAGAAAGUGAAGGACUCUUUGGUUUAAGCUUCAUUGACAUGGCGGACUGUUGUAAUGGGACUAAAUAUGACUUGGGCUUUUACUGCUUGCUACCUCAUCCAUUGUCCUGGGUCCUCGGCAUAACGCUGCUCGUCUCACUAUGUUUGAAUUGUUUCUGCUGUGUUUCAAAAUAUUUCUCAGGAAAAUGGUCAUGCCAACCUAGAAAGAGACAAAGCAGGGGCUCCAGGCAGAUGGAAGAAAAUCCUAUUUAUGGAAACCUAGGUUACAUGCAGACAAGCACGGCUGUGUUCAACAACAUUGAUCCUUUACAGAGAGUCAAUUCUGACUCACAGUCCAAAUCUCAGGACUGCUAUGCCAACCUGAACCUGAAGCCUCCCAGGCUGCAGUCUGGCUGCAGCUCUUCUCAGAUUGAGUUCUCAGACGAGGUUCUGUUGGAGGAGCCGCUGGAGUCCGAGAAAGGUGUUGAACCCUGUACAGAUGCCGUCUCCACCUUGUCCGAUCUGUAUGCUUCUGUGCAAACUCAGCGCACCAAAACUGUCCACACUGCGGACAGCAGAGAGGAAUAUGCCAACCAUCUCUGAGAGGAGCGUACGGAAGAGGAUUAGGGCCACUGAGGAAAAAAAAAAAAAAAAAG